ACACACACAGAGGCACCGCAUUGGUAGAAGUAGCUCCGUGUUGUAGUGUUGUGUAGCAGUAGUCCACCGCUGAGAAGCUAGCAAAGCCAGCCAUCCAUUCAGCGCAGUACUCUCGGGAGAGCUAGAAGCGAUCUAUUCUAGCCACAAGGAGGAGAGAUAAACGUAUCGAAAUGGAGCACAUCGCGAGGUUCUUCUUUGGAGUUUCCGGCAAUGUCAUCGCUCUCUUCCUGUUCCUUUCGCCAGUUGUCACCUUCUGGAGGAUCAUCAAGAAGAGAUCAACGGAGGACUUCUCCGGCGUGCCUUACAACAUGACACUUCUCAACUGCCUGCUAUCUGCUUGGUACGGGCUGCCGUUCGUGUCACCGAACAACAUCCUGGUGACGACGAUCAACGGGACGGGGUCGGUGAUCGAGGCCAUCUACGUGGUGAUCUUCCUCAUCUUCGCGGAGAGGAAGGCCAGGCUGAAGAUGAUGGGUCUCCUGGGCCUCGUCACCUCCAUCUUCACCAUGGUGGUGCUCGUCUCCCUCCUGGCCCUGCACGGCCAGGGCCGCAAGCUCUUCUGCGGCCUCGCCGCCACCAUCUUCUCCAUCUGCAUGUACGCCUCGCCUCUCUCCAUCAUGAGGCUGGUGAUCAAGACGAAGAGCGUGGAGUUCAUGCCGUUCCUGCUCUCCCUGUCCGUGUUCCUGUGCGGCACCUCCUGGUUCAUCUACGGCCUGCUCGGCCGCGACCCUUUCAUCGCGAUCCCCAAUGGAUGCGGGAGCUUUCUGGGCUUGAUGCAGCUGAUCCUCUACGCGAUCUACCGGAACCACAAGGGGGCCACGCCGGCGGCGGCGGCCGGGAAGGGGGACGCCGCCGACGAGGUGGAGGACGCGAAGAAGGCGGCCGCCGCGGUGGAGAUGGCCGACGCCAAGACCAACAAGGUCGUCGCCGACGACGCCGACGCCGACGCCGAUGGCAAGUCGGCGGACGACAAGGUCGCCAGCCAGGUGUGACGCGUUCGGGGCCCCGCACGGCGCCCGGCCGACACGCACGGAAGAAUGCAGCUUAAAGCAUUGUUGCUGCUGCUGGAUUGAUUAGUGGUUAAGCAGAUUAUUGCUGUCGCCUUUCUUGAUUUUUCUUUUUACUGAUCUCUGUCUCUCGUGCCCGAUCGAGAGAGUAUGAUACUGUAUUUCCCGUUCUGUUCUUGCAAGCGUGAAGCCAUUUCCCAUUUUUUUUUCUACCGUACGAUACUGUAUGCCCCCCAGGCCCCCAUAAUGAAGAAGAAUCCGAGCAGAAAUGCAUAAAAAGAAGAAAAAAAAUCUAGUUUAAUUGGGCUGCA